UCCCGUUCCUGCAGCCUGGACUUGCCCUUUAAAAGAGCGGGGGCCUGCGCCACACCGCGGGCACCAAGACACACGACUGUUUUCCUGGAGCAUCUUCAUUUCGCCUUUCGUCUGCAUCUCGCUCCAUUGCUCCAUCUGCUCAUCUUCGCGCAGCUUCGGGCGAGCCGGGCCAUGCAGCGGGCAGUGCUUCUCGGCCUUCUGGGAGCCACGAUGGUGGCCGCUGUCAGUUCUAUGCCAGUGGAUAACAGAAACUACAAUGAAGAAAUGGUGACUCGCUGCAUCAUCGAGGUCCUCUCAAAUGCCCUGUCGAAGUCCAACGCUCCACCCAUCUCCCCUGAGUGCCGACAAGUCCUCAAGAAGAGUGGAAAAGAGGUUAAAGAUGAAGAGAAAAGUAAAAACGAAAACACAAGGUUUGAAGUAAGAUUGUUGAGAGACCAAGCUGAUGCCUCUGAAGCCCACAGACCCUCCAGUAGGGAGGACACAGGAGCCCCAGGGGCGGGGGACACCCAAGGCCCAUCAGCGGCCAACGCAGAAGGCGAUGGGCCCAGUCGAGAGGGAGCAGGCGAGCCCGAGGGGACCCUCUAUCCCUCUGACAGUCAAGUCUCCAAAGAAGCAAAGACACACCAUUCUGGGAAGAGCGAGGGAGAGGACAAGGAGGAAGAGGAAGGAGAGAAAUAUCAGAACAGGGAGCAUGGGGACGGCGGCAGUGAAGAGAAACACCUGGAAGAGCCAGGAGAGACCCCAAAUGCCUUUCUUGACAAAAGAAACCAGGCGACAACUAAGAAAAAAGAGGAGCUAGUGUCCAGAUACAGCUCACACGCUGCCAGGCUCCCCGAGGAAAAGACACACAGCCGGGAGAGGAGUAGCCAAGAGAGCAGAGAAGAGACGAGGACCCAGGCAAAACGCCCCCAAGAGUCUAAAAGCCAAACUGGGAGCCAAGAAGAAUCUGAGGAAAGUGAGGAAGAUUCCAGCCAUGAGGUGGACAAACGUCGCUCUAGGCCGAGACAUCACCAUGGGUGGAGGAGGCCCGGCAGAUCCUCGGAGGAAAGGGGACAACCCCGGGCGGAAUCUGAGGCGUCAGUCGUGGACGUGGCCAGCUUAGGGGACAAGAGGGACCGUUAUCCAACCCACUACAGGGCUUCAGAGGAAGAACCCGAAUACGAGGAAGAAGGAAGGAGUUACGCGGGGGUCCAGGCUCCUGAGAACCUGGAGAAGGGGCGACAUGGGGGCAGAGGCAGGGAGAAGUAUGGAGCUCCAAGGCCUCCCAGUGAGGAGAGCCAGGAGGAGGAGGACAAGAGAAAUCGCCCCAACUCGCAGCUUGACAACAUGGCCUAUGGAUAUGGGGAGGAAAGCGAGGAAGAGAGGGGCCCUGCGUGGGGAGACCGCCACGGAGCCGGAGCCAGGGAGCCUGGCGCCUAUUCCACGCCAGACAGAGACGGGAACCACUUCAUGGGUGGAGGACACUCCCCUGUUCAAGAAAACCAGUUGGACAAGGCCAGGAGGCUGGGGCAAGGCCAGUGGAAAGAGCAGGACAGAAAUGACCUCAGCUAUGGUGAGGAAGCCGGGGAGCAAGGGGCCCGCGGGAAGUGGCAGCAGCUGGAGGACCUGCAAGACCCGGAGAACAGGGAGGAAGCGCGGCUGCCAGGCAAACAGUACACCCCCUAUCCCGCCCCUGAAAAGAGGAGGAGACUAGGGGAGCUGCUCAACCCGUACUACGCCCCUUCCCAGGGAAAGGGCAGCCAAUUUGACAGAAAAGACAACAUAGAUGACCGUUUUCUUGAGGGUGAAGACGAGAAUGGCCUGACCUUGAAUGAGAAGAAUUUCUUCCCAGAAUACAACUAUGACUGGUGGGAGAAAAAGCCCUUUGAGGAGGAUGUGAACUGGAGAUAUGAGAAGAGAAACCUCGCCCCCAAACUGGAUCUGAAAAGGCAGUAUGACCGAGUGGCUGAGCUGGACCAGCUCCUUCACUACAGGAAGAAGUCAGCCGAAUUUCCAGACUUCUACGACGUGCAGGAGCCACUGAGCCCACGCCACGCAGCGGGACACGAAAAGGACAGGGCUGGCCCAGGGGCACUGACAGAGGAAGAGGAAAAAGAACUUGAAAACUUGGCUGCAAUGGAUUUGGAACUACAGAAAAUAGCGGAGAAGUUCAGUAAUCGAAGGGGCUGAUGGUCAUUGGAGCCAAGGGCCAUUCACUUUAUGUAUUUCCCACCACUUCACUAAAAGGCGUCAUUCAUUCACCUAAAGGCAGAAAGUAGACUACUAUUCAUUAUCUGCUUGAGGCAAUUAGAAAUGUCUUUAAUUUGUGCCAGAAUGCUAUUGAAAAUAAAAAUAGCAUGACUUGUAGCAUAUUCUUUCUGCAAAAUCGACAUAUUAACAUGCUUGUGACAAUGACUGUGCUACUAUCCUUGAAAAAAUAUGUUUGU